ACACAACAAAUGGGGAACCAGUUGCUAUCAACGUCACAUGGACGGAGCCAACAGCUACUGAUAACUCUGGAGAGACACCAGAACCAGAGUCUGAAUACACCUCUGGUGACAAUAUGUUUGUGAUUGGUGGUACAACAGUGCAGUACAAUGUAUCAGAUUCAAGUGGUAACUUCAAUGAUCGCUGUAGCUUUACUGUCACUGUUGAAGAUCAAGAGAACCCUGAGAUUGUAGAUUGUCCAAUGAAUAUAACAGUUAACACAACAAAUGGGGAACCAGUUGCUAUCAAUGUCACAUGGACGGAGCCAACAGCUACUGAUAACUCUGGAGAGACACCAGAACCAGAGUCUGACUACACCUCUGGUGACAAUAUGUUUGUGAUUGGUGGUACAACAGUGCAGUACAAUGUAUCAGAUUCAAGUGGUAACUUCAAUGAUCGCUGUAGCUUUACUGUCACUGUUGAAGAUAAUGAGCCUCCGGUUAUAACUUGUCCUACAAAUAUUACUUCAAACAACUUCAUCGCUGAAUCUAAUGGUGUAAUAUAUGUGAACACAGAUGAAGGAAGUCCAAAUUCUACUGUCACAUGGGAUCAGCCUGUCACAAGUGACAAUAGUAAUGAAAAUGUGACGGUAUCGUCACCAUACCAAUCAGGUGAUAUGAUACCAGUCGGAAACUCUCCUAUUGAGAUUGUCUUUACGGCAACUGAUUCUUAUGGUAAUGCUUAUACGUGUGUAUUUCCUAUCCAAGUCCGAGACAAUGAACCACCUGUUCCAAGUUGUCCAUCACUAAUUACUGGUGUGACUGAUGAGGGAAAACCAAAUGGCACUGUCAGCUACAACCUUACUGUCACUGAUAAUGUUCAAGUUGCCAUGUUCUCAACCAACUAUACAGACAUCGAUCCAGAUAGAAUGACAAUUGAUGCAGCUUAUGAUGUUACUGUCACUACUGGUGUAUUUCCAAUUGGAGAAACUAUAGUUGAAUACAUCUUCACUGACAUUAGAUCGCCUAAAGGAAAUGAAGCUACAUGCUAUGUCAAAAUAAAAAUUGAGGACAACAAUGAGUGCGACAGUAACCCAUGUCAGAACGGCGGUACUUGCGAGGAUACAGUUAAUGGCUACAGGUGUGCUCGUUCCUUAGAAUGGAAUGGCAAAAACUGCACAGCAGAUGCGUAUGACUGUCAGAAUAUCCAAUAUCUGAAUGGUUCCAGUGUUAAUGAUACAAUGCCAUUUACAUUUUCAAAUGGAUUUAAAGGCAUCUGUUGCAAACAGAGUGUGUAUGACUGUGAUUAUAUCAAAUGUCUGAACGAUACAUUUUGUAAAAUGUCUAACUUUACAACACAACGGUGUUAUUGUCCCGAUGGAAUUAGUGCAAUUGGUUCUCAAUGCAAUUUAAGUGUGUACGAUUGUGAGCAAAUCCACUGUUUGAACGAUGGUGUUUGCCAUUAUAGCAAUCAAUAUGAUACCUACCGAUAUCGAUGCGAAUGCACAGAAGGUUUUAACAGCAGUAAUUGUAAUAACGAAAGUUCUAGAUAUACCACUGACGCAACUGCUACAACUGAAACAACGGUUCUAACAGAUGACUCUAACGGUACAGAAUAUGGUGGAACACAUAAGACAGAUGCGCUUAAAAGCAUGUCAUACAUGUAUACUACCCGUGUGACUCAAUCUCACAUUCAGCGUUUAGCUGAGAACGUUGGUCGGCUUGGAAUUAACAUUAGCGAAAGUGAUACCAUUUCUGUGCUAAAUUCAACAAUGAAUCUUAUGUCUGUUGGAUCCCUAACUCACUCCGAAGUUGAUACCACUAUUGAUAUUCUUAACAGUCUCUUACAAGUGUCAGCAGUGUCGUCCAACACUACAAUAAAUUUGUUUCUUUCUACCUGUGACGACCUUUUAGCUGAAGAAAAUAUAAAAACUAUUGUUCAUUCUCGGGACUCGGAUUCAAGUGCAACAUCGAGUAAAUUGCUGUUACUAUUAGAAACAUUUGCAAUUGAUGUGAUUAAAUCAAUUGCAGAGAAUGGUUCUGAGAAAGACACAUAUAGAGAGAUAUCAUAUAAGCGUGAAAACAUUGUUAUUAUAGGACAAGUAAUAGCCGGAGAUAGUACCACAACAUCUACUAACAUCUCUAUUGACAACACAUUGAUACAAGUAGUUGUUCCUACGUCUUCUUUUUAUGGAAUGACCGUGGCAGUUGUGACAAAGACGCUCUACAAGGCAAUGCCAAAUCAACUGGGAGGAAGUGAGCGUGACAACUCGAGCAGGCUACUCCCUAGCAUUGUGUCUAUAUCAAUUCCGACUGCUGGUUUCCCAGAAAACACCUUGUUUGAUCAUAAUGACACAAUGAGUUUGAGUAUUACGCAUAUGGAAAUAAUGGAGGAGGAUACGCAACCAAUAUGUGUAUUUUGGAAACUUUUGGACAAUUCAACUGGUGGUGGCUGGUCAGAUGAUGGCUGUGAAGUUGUCACUUAUAAUAACACACAUAUUGUUUGCCAAUGUACGCAUUUAACUAAUUUUGCAAUUUUGAUGAAAGUAAACGAAAAUCAACCUAGUCUAUCUGAUGUUCACAUAGUUGCAUUAGACGUUUUGACCUACCUGCUGACGUCAAUGUCUAUAAUUUGUCUAUUGCUGACUGUCUUAACUUAUGUAUAUUUAAGAAAGUGGAGAAUAAAACGAAAUAUCAUCCACAUGAAUUUGGCCGCUUCGCUUGGUACAGCUCAAUUAUUGUUCCUUACGCUCAUCGACUUAACUGGAAACAAGAAUUGGUGUUCCUACAUUGCUCUGGUUCUCCAGUACUUCUUUACCGUCAGUUUCGCCUGGAUGUUGCUUGAAGGAGUGUAUCUUCUGGUUACAUCACAUAGUAAACUACAUCACAAAAACCCAAGGACUGGCGUCUACAUCGCAUUUGGAUGGGUCACGCCAUUAUGUAUUGUGGUCAUCUCAUUUUGUAUUGGUUCGUCCGGUUACGGUACGAGUGACGCAUGCUGGUUAAAGUCGGGAACAGCUGUGAUAUGGGCUUUUGUUGUCCCGAUACUUAUUGUCAUCAUCUUCAACUCCUGUGUACUUGUUGUUGUCAUUCGGAUAUUCUUAGGAUUAAAAGCAAAUGAAAACAAGACCAAGAGACAGCAACUAAGGUCUAGCAUUCGUGCAGUCCUUUUAAUGUUGCCCUUGCUGGGAUUGACCUGGGCAUUUGGAUUUGCAACGUCCUAUGACAAUACAAACUUCUUUACAUACCUGUUCGUUAUCUUUAACUCAUCACAGGGAAUAUAUAUUUUUCUUCAACUCAUUGUACUAAAUAGUGAGAUAAAUCAGAUUUUUAUUCAGAGAUAUAAACGCCGUUCGUCCAAAACGGAUGUCAUUGUGUUGACCUCUACAUCUCCUGUUAUUGCAAGGGAGGCGUUCGUUGAGCAAAGCAGGAGUCUGUGAGUUAUUUAAUCUUGGUGCAAGAUCCUCCAAGUUGAAAAUGUUAUUGAACAUCAAAAGAAUAUACAGAAAGUUGUUUAAGCUUACUGAGAAAAUACAUCUUUUAAGGUAUUUGUGUAGAUUCCAUAAGAUAGUUAGAUAUAGCCUGAAUUAAUACGAUAGUCAAUUCAGGGUUAAAUUCAUAUGAUUACCUCAGUUGAUGUUACAUUAAAAUUUUUGUUAGUAUUAUGCUUUUAUUCACAGAGACAACCAUUAAUUACUGUAUCAUCUGCUUUUUUUUUUUUUUUUGCAAUAUUACACUUAAUUUGAACUUUAGGUCUUUAUAAUAGAGUACUACAAUGUUACAUCACGAUACCAUGUGAUACUACUCCGUUGCUAUCGACGACACAAAAUGCGUUAAACCGACGCCAUUUUCUCCACUGACAAACCAUUGAUCCCAAUUUCUAACAUAAUUAUUAAGAAGUUGUAUCUUAAUUUUUCUUUGUAAAUGUUAAUUGAUGAUUAAAUGUGUGUUCGAUAACUAAUACAAUGCGAGCUUUUUGGGUUUUCGUGGUAAAUUAUUAGGUUUUAAAAUGCCUAUUCCAGAAAGCCUAUUCUAAACAAUUAAGAUUAUGAAGUCAUUCAGGCCUACUGAACGGUUCUCAACGUCCAGAGGGCGCCACCUGGUGGUUGUGAUGACACGACCAUGGACGGGUACUCUAAGAUGAGAAUUAACAAAGGGGAUAUAACUCACCCUGGAGUAACCGUCUUUUGCAGUGUCCGUCUAAAUGAUAUUGUGCAGAAAAUGUUAUAGAUAGGACAAAUAAUAUAUUAAAUUAAUUGUUAGCCUACACAAUGAUUUAACUGGCAAUAUAAGGAGCUCCUGAACACUUACUAAUAAACUCAGUUUAUUGAUUAUAUACCAGCCCCAUAUUAUGCAUAAAAUAAUUGAUUUUACCCUUCGGCAAGGUCUAAACUAAAACUUAGCUUCAUUUAGGUUCAAUUAAAAAUUAUUUCAACCGUGUAAUAAUGCAUUAUUUUGUUAGCCCGUAAUAUAUUAAUUUAUGUCGUUACAGUGUCUGCACAUAUAGCUACACAAAAGAUUGAUAUUAGCACGAGAUAACAAAUAUCUGGCGUAUGUCGUAAAGAAAAUUAUACUAUAAUUUUUUGACCAUAAUAUUAAUAUUUAAUAAUAGUAUUUGUAAUUUAAGUAAAGAAAUACUGUACAGUAGAUCCAGUAUUUUCUGUCAGAAAAACUAUACUGUAUAUUGGAUAGGCCUAUAUAAAUGUUUAGUCAUAUUACAUAUUACACUUUGCAGGCACCUUAAUUAACUUUGCUUUUUUGGCAAUUAAUUUAAUAUAUUUAUAAUGACAACAUAAAUUGAUGAAGUUAGAUAUUUUGUGACAAAAGACAAAAUGUACUUGAUAUUGUAUUAAUGGUAAUAGGACGCAUACCACUAUGUAGGGUAUAUAUAUACAUAGACCUAUAUAUACUUUCUUAUUUUAUUGAUUUUAAUAUGUCUAAAUAUAUAUAUAUAUAUAUAUAUAUAGCAUAU